AUGCUGAAAUCCGAUCUUGUAAAUAAUACCAACAGUAACUCUGAUGAGAUAAAUUACACUUCGCUUCCAACAGUUCUUUCACGAUUGAAGCUGUCAAUACUUCCACAAAAACCAUCAACAGGUUUUCAACCGAAACCAUUGUCCUUAUUAGAAAGAAUAUCACGAAAAACGAUCAGACCAAGUGUUCGUUCAGUUAUCCCAAAUGGUAUAACGAUUCGACAGCAGUUUCAUGAUUUACUUAACGAACCUAUAUCCAUGCAAUAUCAACGUCAUUUUCGUAAAUAUUUUGCUAGGGAUAUAAGUACAAAAACAUUCACUAUCGAUGAAUUUGAUCGUCUCUUUCAAGUUACAUCUGUACUCAGCAAACGAAUUUUAAUAAUAUUCAAUUUGAAGCAAGCAUAUGAUAACAAUUCUGUAUCGGGUGCAGAUGUUAUUCGUAUAGCUCGACUACUAUGGGUGUCACCAAUGUCAAUAAAAGCUUUUAUAUUAUUUAAAUUAUUUGAUGGUCAUGAUAAAGAAACAAUCUCUAUUGAUGAUAUUCGUUCAUUUUAUGAAUAUUAUUUAUCUGAAUUUAAGUUUUUUAAAGAUGAAAAUAGAUUUAAUGAAGUUGUAGAAAUCUUUUUACAAGGAUUUUUCCCAUCAAAUAACGAAAAUCAACAACGGCAAGAAUUAAAUUUUGAUCAAUUCUAUCAAAUUCUUCAACAGAAUCCAUCCGUAUUUAAAUCACUUUAUCUUAUCAGUAUACCUGAUCAAGAUAAAGAAGAUGAUGAAGAAAUAAAUUACUUUCAACGAUGGCGUAUGUAUAUAAAAAAUAAUGCCAAUCGUAUUGUUUUUCUUAUCUUAUAUAUUCUAAGUUUAAUUGCAUUAAUUAUUUAUGUUAUUAUUGAUCGAGUUGUAAUUAUUCCUAAUCAAUCUGUAUGGCAAGUUUUCGCUCGUAUAGGUGGCAUAUUAAUUGAUUAUAAUUAUGCUCUUGCUAUUAUUUUAAUGCUUAAACAAACAAUGACUAUCAUACGACGAUUAUAUUAUUUUCGUUUAUUUAUUCCAGUUGAUGAUCAUAUCGAUGCUCAUCGUUUAGUAGGAACAGUACUAUUUAUUUCCGCUAUAGUUCAUUCGCUCGGUUAUGUCAUACAUUUCGCUACUCAUCUAGAUGGACAUUCAUGGUUUGUAUUAAUGUUUACUACGACUGCAGAACUUGGAUGGGUUCAUUAUUCAGCUCCUAUUACGGGUGUUAUUCUAUGGUUAUUACUUAUUGUAAUGAUUAUUUGUUCAUUACAAUGUAUUCGACAACGAUCAGGUUGUUAUCAAUUAUUUCGAUAUACUCAUUAUUUAUUUUGGCCAAUAUUUAUUCUUCUUGUUAUACAUGCUCAAAAUUUUUGGAAAUGGGCUAUUGGACCCAUGACAUUAUUUUGUUUGGAAAAACUUUAUUUACUUAAACGACAUUUACCACAAUAUGGUCGUACACGUUUAAUUUCAGUUCGAAUUGAAGAUGAUCAUGUUUUAUCAUUGAUUAUUGAACGACCGGUUAAUUUUAAUUUUCAUGUUGGAGAAUAUAUUAAUAUUUGUUUACCUAAUAUUAGUCAAAAUGAAUGGCAUCCAUUUACGAUUUGUAGUGGACCAGAACAAGAUAUUCUUCGUUUAACAAUAAUGAAGAAACAAAAUUGGACAAAGAAAAUUUAUCAACAUUUUUCUUCACAAUUACCAAAAUCUACAAAUGAAAUUCUUGUCACAGAAAAUUCAACAACAACUCUUUCAUUACUAUCCAAUGAAAUAACAUUUACUGCAAAUCAAAAAGAUGCUGUUGCUUGUAUUGAAGGACCCUUUAGUACUUGUACAUCGUAUAUAUUUGAUUGUGAACAUGUUGUUUUGAUAGGGGGUGGAAUUGGGGUGACACCCUAUAUUAGUGCUUUAGAAAGUUUAAUACAUCAAUUACGACAACAACGUUGUACAUGUUUUCAAUGUGGUGCAGUUAAUUAUACUCAAUCAGCGUUAAGACCUCGAAAAUUGAAAAAAGUUGAUUUCAUUUGGAUUAAUCGUGAUAUUGAUAAUUUUUUAUGGUUUCAAAAACUUCUUGAAGAAUUUGAAGCUGAACAAGAAGCAUAUUUAACUGCAACCUCACAAGAACAACAAGCAAGAUAUCUUGAUAUACAUAUUUAUUGUACAUUGAUACGUAGUAAUGAACAAGCAAUGUUAGGAAAUCUUCCUUAUGAUCUUGUUGCUAAUAUGUAUGAAGUUAUGCAACAUCAAGAUAUACAUACAAAUUUAAAAACGCGAACACAUGUUGGACGACCACCAUGGAAAUUACUUUUUGCAAAAUUUAAAGCUGAACAUCGAACAACAAAUGUAUUUUUUACUGGCAAUAGAAUUAUGGCGAAUGAAAUAAAACAACGUUGUGAUGAACAUGGUUUUCCAUUUCAACAUGAACCUUAUUUUUAA